CAGUUUGGGCUGAGAAUUAAGAUGUUGUGCAUUUAUAAUAGCAAAGUGUCACUACUCCGUUGUGUUGAACCAUCACCCAAUAGCAUUUUCUCUGUCUUGUAGACAGAUAUAUGCUAUACUAAGAUCCCUCUACUAUAAAAUUGAUAGGGAAAAUCCAUGCAAAGAUUUUGAUUUUUUUUUUAUUUCUAUGGUUAUAGAGGCUCACAUUACCUCUGGUGUUCUUUGUACUUGGCAUGAUUGAUUAUAAAUGGACCGGAAUUUUCUCCGAUACAAAAGAAUAUAGAGGUACGUAGAGGGUUGAAAUAGAGGGGAAAGUUUCCUUUUUGAUAAAUGAAAUAGAGUCGAAAUGGAAACACAAUUUUUUUUCCAAAAUAUUUGGUAAAAAGAAGACUAUCCAAGAUAAUAAAAAUGGUUUUGCUAAUUCUCAAUCGACAGUCAAGUGUAAGUGAUUUUACUAGGUGACUCGUGAAGAUUUUUUCCUUUUGGUUUUUAUAAUUUUUUUUGUUCCUUGGUGUAUGUGUUUUCAUUUUUGGCACGCGGGAACCAACAAUUGCAUGAUCAUCUUCCCCAUGUGCAAUAAUUUGCUUGUUUUCCUCGUUCUUUGGACACAUUUUAUGACUUUUUUUAUCUUUUUUAUUUCUUCGUUCCUUGCAUAUAGUGCACGCUUGUUGUCCGCGUGCAACACGCCGGCCGCCCAUUGUGUAACUAUAAUUGCAUGCUCGCUCCUUCGCGUAAAUUGCAUGCGCCGGAACCCAUACGUAACUGCAGGUGUACCAACCCAUACACAACUUGGUUUUCUUAGUUUUAUUAUUUUUACUUUCUAUCUUUUCACCGUGGACACAACAUCAAAACUCAUUCAACCAUUUUUCUUAAAAUUUUCUAGCAGUUGCACACUGGCGCAAGGUGCACCCCGAGCGCAACAGCAUCAGUUUCUGUUUUCUUGCCACGACUCUGAAAUGUUCAAACGGAGAAAAUGCACAUGGGCAGAGAUGAGCCCGACCAGAACACGUAGUAGUACAUUCAGAGCCAGCUAGAAAAACGCCCUUGCCUUGCCGUCCGCCCCAAGUUUCCCUCAUCACUGUCGGUUCUCUUCCUUCCUCAGCACACCGCACACUCUUCUCCAUAAAUACACCGAGUCACCACCUCCCCUGAGUCAAUAGGCACCUCUGCUCUAUCACUCGGAUACUCUUUCUUGUGUACCAAGCCGAGCAAGUCAUCGGCGGCAGGCGGCACCAAGCCAAUGGAGGAUGCGAGGGGGUACCGGGGGAUACCGGCGUUCGGUGAAUGGAACUACGGCGACGGCGACGACUGGCCCGUGCUCGCCCAGCGCUUCGAGUCUGCGAUGCACACCCAGCUCCCCGUACACAAACCCUGCAAGAGAGCGAGGGCAUGUCGCAGGAGGCGCGUCCCAGCGUUCGGAGAGUGGAACAACCUCGGUGAUGGCGACGCCGGUGGCUGGACGGCGGCCGUCGUCAACCAGUACUUCGAGCCUGUCACGGCACACAAAUCACUCAAGGAGGAAUUUAAUGGUUACGACAAUGACGACGUCGCCAUGGGGAAGCAGCAGCACAAGGUGGCGAGGCAAACCUGGGUGGAUGACGCUGGACCCCACGCCGCAAUGGAACCCUUCUCCUUUGCGGCGGUCAAGGCUGUUGACGACGACCUGUAUGAGGUCCCAUCGGACAUGCCCUGUGCCAAGCCAAUACGGAAGGGUAGGACGUGGCUGAGGAGCGUGCUGAUGAGGUGUUGCGGCCUCAACUGCUUCGCCUACUGAAUGUUGCUCAUGGCUCACAUUGGUACAAGUUUUGAUGGAACGAGAGAUGAACUACACGAUGUGGUUCCCUGUCCUAGAGAAUGUAACUAUGUAAGAUGGUAGUAGUGAAUUGAUGACUUAUAUAUUGGUUAUGUAUUUUCAUUCAUUUAUGUUAUGUACUAUGAGCAACACUACCAAGCUGACCAAUUGAUUUAUGAAGUUAA